AUGGACGUGGACGUGGACGUGGACGUGGACGUGGACAUGGUCGUGGACGUGGACGUGGAAGUGGACGUGGUCGUGGUCGUGGUCGUGGACAUGGACGUGGACAUGGACGUGCACGUGGACGUGCACGUCGACAUGGACGUGGUCGUGGACGUGGAUGUGGACGUGGACGUAGACGUGGAUGUGGACGUGGACGUGGACAUGGACGUGGACAUGGACAUGGACAUGGACGUGGACGUGGACGUGGACGUGGUCGUGGACGUGGACGUGGACAUGGACGUGGACGUGGACGUGGACGUGGACAUGGACGUGGACGUGGACGUGGACGUGGACAUGGACGUGGACGUGGACGUAGACAUGGACGUGGACAUAAAAAUGGACGUGGACGUGGACGUGGACAUGGACGUGGACGUGGACGUCGACGUGGACGUGAACAUGGAUGUGGACGUGGACGUCGACAUGGACAUGGACAUGGACAUGGACGUGGACGUGGAGGUGGACGUGGACGUGGACAUGGACGUGGUCGUGGACGUCGACGUGGUCGUGGACGUGGACGUGGACGUGGACGUCGACGUCGAUGUGGACAUGGACGUGGACGUGGACGUGGACGUGGAAAUGGACGUGGACGUGGACAUGGACGUGGACGUGGACGUGGACGUGGACAUGGUCGUUGACGUGGACCUGGACGUGGACAUGGUCGUGGACGUGGACGUGGACGUGGACGUGGACAUGGACGUGGACGAGGACGUGGACGUGGACAUAAACGUGGACAUGGAAGUGGACGUGGACGUGGACAUGGACGUGGACAUGGACAUGGACGUGGAUGUGGACGUGGACGUCGACAUGGUCGUGGACGUGGACGUGGAUGUGGACAUGGACGUGGACGUGGACGUGGACGUGGACAUGGACGUAGACGUGGACGUGGACGUGAACAUGGACGUGGACUUGGACGUGGACAUAGAUGUGGACAUGGACAUGGACGUGGACGUGGACGUGGACGUAGACGUGGACGUGGACAUGGACAUAGACAUGGACGUGGACGUGGUCGUGGACGUGGACGUGGACGUGGUCGUGGACGUGGACGUGGACGUGGACGUGGACGUCAACGUGGACAUGGACGUGGACGUGGACGUGGACGUGGACGUGGAAAUGGACGUGGACGUGGACAUGGACGUGGACGUGGACGUGGACAUGGUCGUGGACGUGGACCUGGACGUGGACGUGGACAUGGACGUGGACAUGGUCAUGGACGUGGACGUGGACGUGGACGUGGACGUGGACAUGGACGUGGACGUGGACGUGGACGUGGACAUGGUCGUGGACAUGGACGUGGAAGUGGACGUGAUCGUGGUCGUGAACAUGGACGUGGACGUGGACAUGGACGUGGACGUGGACGUGGACGUCGACGUGGACAUGGACGUGGACGUGGAUGUGGACGUGGACGUGGACGUGGACAUGGACGUGGACGUGGACAUGGACGUGGACGUGGACGUGGACGUGGACAUGGUCGUGGACAUGGACCUGGACGUGGACGUGGACGUGGACAUGCACGUGGACGUGGACGUGGACAUGGACGUGGACGUGGACGUGGACCUCAACAUGGACGUGGACAUGGAUGUGGACGUGGACGUGGACGUGGACAUGGACAUGGACGUGGACGUGGACAUGGACCUGGACGUGGACGUGGACGUGGACAUGGACGUGGACGUGGACGUGGACGUGGACAUCGUCGUGGACGUGGACGUAGACGUGGACAUGGAUGUGGACGUGGACGUGGACGUGGAGGACUUGGACGUGGACAUGGACGUGGACGUGGACAUUGACGUGGACGUGGACGUGGACAUGGACGUGGACAUGGACGUGGACGUGGACAUGGACGUGGACGUGGACGUGGAUGUGGACGUGGACGUGGACGUGGACGUGGACGUGGACAUGGACGUGGACGUGGACGUGGACGUGGACGUGGACGUGGACGUGGACAUGGACAUGGACGUGGACGUGGACGUGGACAUGGACAUGGACGUGGACAUGGACAUGGACAUGGACGUGGACAUGGACAUGGACGUGGACAUGGACAUGGACAUGGACAUGGACGUGGACAUGGACAUGGACAUGGACAUGGACAUGGACGUGGACGUGGACAUGGACAUGGACGUGGACGUGGACAUGGACAUGGGCGUGGACGUGGACAUGGAGGUGGACGUGGGCGUGGAUGUGGACAUGGACGUGGACGUGGACAUGGUCGUGGACAUGGACCUGGACGUGGACGUGGACGUGGACGUGGACAUGGACGUGGACGUGGACGUGGACGUGGACGUGGACCUGGACAUGGAUGGGACGUGGACACGUGGACUGGACGUGGUCGUGGUCGUGGUCGUGGACAUGGACGUGGACGUGGACGUGCACGUGGACGUGCACGUCGACGUGGACUUGGUCGUGGACGUGGACGUGGACGUGGACGUAGACGUGGACGUGGACGUGGACGUGGACAUGGACAUGGACAUGGAAGUGGACGUCGACGUGGACGUGGACAUGGACGUGGACAUGGACAUGGACAUAGACGUGGACGUGGACGUGGACAUGGUCGUGGACGUGGACGUGGACGUGGACGUGGACGUGGACAUGGACGUGGACGUGGACGUGGACGUGGACAUGGACGUGGACGUGGACGUGGAUGUGGACAUGGACGUGGACAUGGAAGUGGACGUGGACGUGGACGUGGAUAUGGACGUGGACGUGGACGUCGACGUGGACGUGAACAUCGAAGUGGACGUGGACGUGGACAUGGACGUGGACAUGGACAUGGACGUGGACGUGGACGUGGACAUGGACAUAGACGUGGUCGUCGACGUGGACGUGGACGUGGUCGUGGACGUGGACGUGGACGUCGACGUCGAGGUGGACAUGGACGUGGACGUGGACGUGGACGUGGACGUCGACAUGGACGUGGACGUGGACGUGGACGUGGACAUGGUCGUGGACGUGGACCUGGACGUUGACGUGGACAUGGACGUAGACAUGGUCGUGGACGUGGACGUGGACGUGGAUGUGGACAUGGACGUGGACGUGGACGUGGACAUGGUCAUGGACGUGGACGUGGAAGUGGACGUGGUCGUGGUCGUGGUCGUGGACAUGGAUGUGGACGUGGACGUGGACGUCGACGUCGACGUGGACGUUGUCGUGGACGUGGACGUGGACGUAGACGUGGACGUGGACGUGGACGUGGACGUGGACAUAGACGUGGAUAUGGAAGAGGACGUGGACGUAGACAUGGACAUGGACGUGGACAUGGACAUGGACGUGGACGUGGACAUGGUCGUGGACGUGGACGUGGACAUGGACGUGGACGUGGACGUGGAUGUGGACAUGGAUGUCGACGUGGACGUGAACGUGGACAUGGACGUGGACGUGGACGUCGACGUCGACGUGGACGUGGACGUGGACGUGGACAUGGACGUGGUGGUGGUCGUGGACAUGGACGUGGACGUGGAUGUGCACGUGGACGUGCACGUCGACGUGGACGUGGUCGUGGACGUGGACGUGGACGUGGACGUAGACGUGGACGUGGACGUGGACGUGGACAUGGACGUGGACGUGGACGUGGACGUGGACAUGGACGUGGACGUGGACGUGGACGUGGACAUGGACGUGGACAUGGAAGUGGACGUGGACGUGGACGUGGAUAUGGACGUGGACGUGGACGUGGACGUCGACGUGGACGUGAACAUGGAAGUGGACGUGGACGUGGACAUGGACGUGGACAUGGACAUGGACGUGGACGUGGACGUGGACGUGGACAUGGACAUAGAUGUGGUCGUCGACGUGGACGUGGACGUGGUCGUGGACGUGGACGUGGACGUGGACGUCGACGUCGAGGUGGACAUGGACGUGGACGUGGACGUGGACGUGGACGUCGACAUGGACGUGGACGUGGACGUGGACGUGGACAUGGUCGUGGACGUGGACCUGGACGUUGACGUGGACAUGGACGUGGACAUGGUCGUGGACGUGGACGUGGACGUGGAUGUGGACAUGGACGUGGACGUGGACGUGGACAUGGUCGUGGACGUGGACGUGGAAGUGGACGUGGUCGUGGUCGUGGUCGUGGACAUGGAUGUGGACGUGGACGUGGACGUGGACGUCGACGUGGACGUUGUCGUGGACGUGGACGUGGACGUAGACGUGGACGUGGACGUGGACGUGGACGUGGACAUAGACGUGGAUAUGGAAGAGGACGUGGACGUAGACAUGGACAUGGACGUGGACAUGGACAUGGACGUGGACGUGGACGUGGACAUGGUCGUGGACGUGGACGUGGACAUGGACGUGGACGUGGACGUGGAUGUGGACAUGGAUGUCGACGUGGACGUGAACGUGGACAUGGACGUGGACGUGGACGUCGACGUCGACGUGGACGUGGACGUGGACGUGGACAUGGACGUGGUCGUGGUCGUGGACAUGGAUGUGGACGUGGAUGUGCACGUGGACGUGCACGUCGACGUGGACGUGGUCGUGGACGUGGACGUGGACGUGGACGUAGACGUGGACGUAGACGUGGACGUGGACAUGGACGUGGACAUGGAAGUGGACGUGGACGUGGACGUGGACAUGGACGUGGACAUGGACAUGGACGUGGACGUGGACGUGGACGUGGUCGUGGACGUGGACGUGGACGUGGACAUGGACGUGGACGUGGACGUGGACGUGGACAUGGACGUGGACGUGGACGUGGACGUGGACAUGGACGUGGACGUGGACGUGGACGUGGACAUGGACGUGGACGUGGACGUGGACAUGGACGUGGACAUGGAAGAGGACGUGGACGUGGACGUGGAUAUGGACGUGGACGUGGACGUCGACGUGGACGUGAACAUGGACGUGGACGUGGACGUGGACAUGGACGUGGACAUGGACAUGAACGUGGACAUGGACGUGGACGUGGACGUGGACAUGGUCGUGGACAUGGACCUGGACGUGGACGUGGAUGUGGACGUCGACAUGCACGUGGACGUGGACGUGGACAUGGACGUGGACGUGGACUUGGACGUGGACGUCGACAUGGACGUGGACAUGGAUGUGGACGUGGACGUGGACAUGGACGUGGACGUGGACGUGGACGCGGACGUCGACAUGGACGUGGACAUGGAUGUGGACGUGGACGUGGACGUGGACAUGGACCUGGACGUGGACGUGGACGUGGACGUGGACAUGGACGUGGACGUGGACGUGGACGUGGACAUGGACGUGGACGUGGACAUGGAUGUGGACAUCGACGUGGACGUGGACGUGGACGUGGACAUGGAUGUGGACGUGGAGGACUUGGACAUGGACAUGGACGUGGACGUGGACGUGGACGUGGACAUGGACGUGGACGUGGACAUGGACGUGGACGUGAACGUGGAUGUGGACGUGGACGUGGAUGUGGACGUGGACGUGGACGUGGACGUGGACAUGGACAUGGACGUGGACGUGGACAUGGACGUGGACGUGGACGUGGACAUGGACAUGGACGUGGACGUGGACGUGGACAUGGACGUGGACGUGGACGUGGACAUGGACAUGGACGUGGACAUGGACAUGGACGUGGACAUGGACAUGGACAUGGACGUGGACAUGGACAUGGACAUGGACAUGGACAUGGACAUGGACGUGGACAUGGACAUGGACAUGGACAUGGACAUGGACGUGGACGUGGACAUGGACAUGGACGUGGACGUGGACAUGGACAUGGGCGUGGACGUGGACAUAGAGGUGGACGUGGACGUGGACGUGGACAUGGACGUGGACGUGGACAUGGUCGUGGACAUGGACCUGGACGUGGACGUGGACGUGGACAUGGACGUGGACGUGGACGUGGACGUCGACGUGGACGUUGACGUGGACGUGGACGUGGACGUGGACGUGGUCGUGGACGUGGACAUGGACGUGGACGUGGACAUGGACGUGGACGUGGACGUGGACAUGGUCGUGGACGUGGACGUGGAAGUGGACGUGGUCGUGGUCGUGGACAUGGACAUGGACGUGGACGUGGUCGUGGACGUGGACGUAGACGUGGACGUGGACGUGGACAUGGACAUGGAAGUGGACGUGGACGUGGACGUGGACGUGGACGUGGACAUGGACAUGGACGUGGACGUGGACGUGGACGUGGUCGUGGACGUGGACGUGGACGUGGACGUGGACGUGGACGUGGACAUGGACAUGGACAUGGAAGUGGACGUGGACGUGGACGUGGACGUGGACGUGGACAUGGACAUGGACGUGGACGUGGACGUGGACGUGGUCGUAGACGUGGACGUGGAUGUGGUCGUGGACGUGGACGUGGACGUGGACAUGGACGUGGACGUGGACGUGGUCGUGGACGUGGACGUGGACGUGGACAUGGACGUGGACGUGGACGUGGACGUGGAUAUGGACGUGGACGUGGACGUGGACGUGGAUAUGGACGUGGACGUGGACGUGGACGUCGACGUGGACGUGAACAUGGACGUGGACGUGGACGUGGACGUGGACAUGGACGUGGACGUGAACAUGGACGUGGACGUGGACGUGGACAUGGACGUGGACAUGGACAUGGACGUGGACGUGGACGUGGUCAUGGACGUGGACGUGGACGUGGACAUGGACGUGGACGUGGACAUGGACGUGGACGUGGACGUGGACGUGGACAUGGACGUGGACGUGGACGUGGACAUGGACGUGGACAUGGAAGAGGACGUGGACGUGGAUAUGGACGUGGACGUGGACGUCGACGUGGACGUGAACAUGGACGUGGACGUGGACGUGGACAUGGACGUGGACAUGGACAUGAACGUGGACAUGGACGUGGACGUGGACGUGGACAUGGUCGUGGACAUGGACCUGGACGUGGACGUGGAUGUGGACGUCGACAUGGACAUGGACGUGGACAUGGACAUGGACGUGGACGUGGACGUGGACGUGGACAUGGACGUGGACGUGGACAUGGAUGUGGACAUCGACGUGGACGUGGACGUGGACGUGGACAUGGAUGUGGACGUGGAGGACUUGGACGUGGACAUGGACGUGGACGUGGACGUGGACAUGGACGUGGACGUGGACAUGGACGUGGACGUGAACGUGGAAAUGAGUGGACGUGGAUACGUGGACGUGGACGUGGACGUGGACAUAGACGUGAACAUGGAAGGGGACGUGGACGUGGACGUGGACAUGGACGUGGACAUGGACAUGGUUGUGGACGUGGACGUGGACAUGGUUGUGGACGUGGACGUGGACGUGGACAUGGACGUGGACGUGGACGUGGACGUGGACAUGGAUGUCGACGUGGACGUGAACGUGGACAUGGACGUGGACGUGGACGUGAACGUGGACAUGGACGUGGACGUGGACGUGGACGUGGACGUGGACGUGGACGUGGACGUGGACAUGGACGUGGUCGUGGUCGUGGACAUGGACGUGGACGUGGACGUGCACGUGGACGUGCACGUCGACGUGGACGUGGUCGUGGACGUCGACGUGGACGUGGACGUAAACGUGGACGUGGACGUGGACAUGGACGUCGACAUGGAAGUGGACGUGGACGUGGACAUGGACGUGGACAUGGACAUGGACAUGGACGUGGACGUGGACGUGGACGUGGUCGUGGACGUGGACGUGGACAUGGACGUGGACGUGGACGUGGACAUGGACGUGGACGUGGACGUGGACGUGGACAUGGUCGUGGACGUGGACGUGGACGUGGACAUGGAUGUGGACAUGGAAGAGGACGUGGACGUGGACGUGGAUAUGGACGUGGACGUGGACGUCGACGUGGACGUGAACAUGGACGUGGACGUGGACGUGGACAUGGACGUGGACAUGGACAUGGACGUGGACUUGGAUGUGGACGUGGACGUGGACGUGGAGGUGGACAUGGACGUGGACGUGGUCGUGGACGUGGACGUGGACGUGGUCGUGGACGUGGACGUGGACGUGGAUGUCGACGUGGACGUGGACAUGGACGUGGACGUGGACGUGGACGUGGACGUGGACGUCGACAUGGACGUGGACAUGGACGUGGACGUGGACGUGGACGUGGACAUGGUCGUGGACGUGGACCUGGACGUGGACGUGGACAUGGACGUGGACAUGGUCGUGGACGUGGACGUGGACGUGGACGUGGAUGUGGACAUGGACGUGGACGUGGACGUGGACGUGGACGUUGACAUGGUCGUGGACGUGGACGUGGAAGUGGACGUGGACGUGGAAGUGGACGUGGUCGUGGUCGUAGACAUGGACGUGGACGUGGACGUGGACGUGGACGUCGACGUGGACGUGGUCGUGGACGUGGACGUGGACGUGGACGUGGAUGUGGACAUAGACGUGGACAUGGAAGAGGACGUGGACGUGGACGUAGACAUGGACGUGGACAUGGACAUGGACGUGGACGUGGACGUGGACAUGGUCGUGGACGUGGACGUGGACGUGGACAUGGACGUGGACGUGGACGUGGACGUGGACAUGGAUGUCGACGUGGACGUGAACGUGGACAUGGACGUGGACGUGGACGUCGACGUCGACGUCGACGUCGACGUGGACGUGGACAUGGACGUGGACAUGGACAUGGACGUGGACGUGGUCGUGGACGUGGACAUGGACGUGGACGUGGACGUGGACGUGGACAUGGACGUGGACGUGGACAUGGUCGUGGAUGUGGACGUGGACGUGGACAUGGACGUGGACGCGGACGUGGACGUGGACAUGGUCGUGGACGUGGACGUGGACGUGGACAUGGACGUGGACGUGGACGUGGACGUGGACAUGGACGUGGACAUGGACGUGAACAUGGACGUGGACAUGGACAUGGACGUGGACGUGGACGUGGACGUGGACAUGGUCGUGGACGUGGACGUGGACGUGGAGGUGGACAUGGACGUGGACGUGGACGUGGACAUGGACGUGGACGUGGACGUGGACGUGGACGUGGACGUCGACGUCGACGUCGACGUGGACAUGGACGUGGACGUGGUCGUGGACGUGGACGUGGACGUGGUCGUGGACGAGGACGUGGACGUGGACGUGGACGUGGCCCUUGUUCUUGCUAUUUCGCGAACACUAGGCCCUUUAUCUUGA